UCUAGUUUCGUUAUUGUCAUUUCACCAGUCGUAAGUAAUGGAGUCUUUAGUAAUAUACGCGAUCUGUGUUAUUUUAAUUGAACAUGUGCGCUGUGUUCCUGUCGAAAUGUCUGCUGCUACUUAUUUACAACAAAGAGCGCAAGUAAUGAACGCAGAAGCCAAUCUGCGAAUAGGGGGAAGUGUGACAUUAAAUUCGCGUGAGCAACAGGUCAAUAGAAUCCUCAUGGAUGCUAAACAUAAAGAAAUCAACAUCUCCAGAACAGCAAACGGGCCCGAAUUUUUACCAUCUGUUCACUUUUUCAAAGGGAAACCUGCAAUAGAAAAAAGCUCUGUUUUCCAGCUUAUCAAGGAAAUGCCAAAAGGUGGGGCCCUACAUCUACACGACUGUUCCAUGGCUGAUAUCACCUGGCUAGUGAAGAAUGUUACCUACAUGGAUCAUUGCUACAUGUGUACAGACCAAGACAAUCAUAUCCAGUUCCAUUUCUUCCAAGUUGCUCCUUCAAAUCCAGCUUGCCCAUGGAAAUUGAUCACAACAGAAAGAAAAAAUUCUGCCAAUCAAGAACAAUUUGAUGAUAUGUUGUACCGCAGUAUGUCCAUGGUGGUUCCGGAUCCAGUAAAGACAUUUCCUACCAUAGAUGUUGUUUGGAAAGAGUUUCUUCGAGUCUUAGACGUGGCAAAUGGACUCAUCAACUAUGCGCCUGUGUUUGGGAAAUACUUCUAUGAAUCUCUGAAAGAAUUUCAUGAUGAUAAUGUGCAAUAUUUAGAAACAAGAGCAUUGCUUCCUGUGCUCUACAAUUUGGAUGGCAGCACCAUUGAUAACAAGACCCGGGUCAUGGAGAUAUAUCAACAGAAUCAUGAUCAGUUUUUGAAGGACUAUCCAGAUUUUACAGGUGCUCGCAUCAUCAGAUCAGGUCUCAGAUUUGUACCAGCCAGUGACGUGCUUCAGCAGGUUAAGGAGUCUAUUGUGAUGCUACAACAGUUCCCUGAUUUUUUCGUUGGCUAUGACUUAGUGGGACAGGAGGACCCUGGGAUACCGUUGAUUGACUACAUCAGUGCUCUCCUCUAUCCCUCACAACACAACAUCAAUCUACCUUACUUCUUCCACGCAGGGGAGACCGACUGGGAGGGGACACCCACAGACAACAAUCUGAUAGAUGCUAUCCUCCUAAACACGAGUCGUAUCGGUCACGGCUACGCCUUAACAAAACACCCACAGGCCAAGAACAUGGUGAAGGGUAGGGGAAUAGCUGUGGAGGUUAAUCCUAUAUCUAACCAGGUUUUGAAGCUGUUGGAUGACCUGAGGAACCACCCUGCCUCCAGCCUCAUCGCCGAGGGUUUCCCAGUAGUAAUCAGUGCUGAUGAUCCGGCCGUGUGGGGAGCCAGGGGAUUAUCAUACGACUUCUACAUGGCAUUUAUGGGCAUGGCUAGUGCUGAUGCUGACCUGGCAAUGCUUAAAAAACUGGCCAUCAGCUCACUAGAACACAGCGCCAUGUCGACCAGCCAGAAGAGUAAAGCCAUUUACCAAUGGCAGUACAAGUGGGAUCAGUUUAUAGACAGGAUGCUGGGCAACAAUAUACCUAACAGUUCAUUUGUACAGAAAAACUCAGCCAGAAGAUAUUCUCCUCAUUAAUGUUGGACAAUAGGAUUUUGUUUGUUUUCUCAAAUAUGCUCCUGUCAUUUCAAUCCUUUAUAGUUUAACUCUUCCGAAAAAUCAAGAUUUUAAAAAUCUUUAUAGAUCUGAAAAUGAAUCACCAUCAGAAAGUUAACACAGUGUUUUAAUUCUCUUUAUUUCCUUAUUUAAAAAGAUUUUACAGAAUAAAGUCAGUUAUUACGAUAAUAAAUAAUAUAGUAAAUACAUUAUGGCAAAAAUGACAUGGACAAACAUGAUGAAAUAGCAGGAAUAGGUUAAUUAAUUUGAGUUCAGUUUACAAAUAUAACAUAAUUAAUUGAUAAUGAUGAUAAGGUAGUAUGGGUGUUUAGAACAUACACACACAGGUACAUGUUAUGAGGUAUCAUUCGAAGUACAUAUUAUUAUACCAUUAAGGGGCCGCAGUGGCCGAGUGGUUAAGGUGUCCUGACACUCUAAAACUAGCCCUCCACCUCUGGGUUGAGAGUUCGAAACCUACGUGGGGCAGUUGCCU